UAACGACAACGACAACUCAAAGUGCCGGGCAGAAGCGAGGGACUAUUUGGGGUGCCGCAUGGAAAAUAAUCUUAUGGAAAAAACAGAAUGGGCGAAACUGGGCUUUCCGGAAAAGGAGUUACCGACCGACAAACAACAACAACAAUAACAAUGAAGCCGGAACGCAAUGUUUUAAUUGCAGCCACAGGCAGCGUGGCGAGCAUCAAGAUGGUGCAACUAAUAUCCGAACUAAGCGACGACAAGCUGCCCUACAAAUUUAACAUUAAAGUCAUCGUAACGGAGCAUGCAAAGCACUUUUUUGAACUAGAGCAGGUGCCGGAAGAUGUACCCAUUUUACAUAACCGCGAUGAGUGGCUCACCUGGAAUAAGCGAGGCGAUCCGGUACUGCACAUUGACCUAGGCAAGUGGGCAGACCUUCUGUUAAUUGCGCCCCUCAGUGCCAAUUCACUAGCCAAAAUAGCCAGCGGCAUUUGCGAUAAUUUGGUGCUGUGCGUGGUUCGUGCUUGGGAUUUGGAGAAGCCGCUGUUCUUUGCACCGGCCAUGAAUACACGCAUGUACGAUCAUCCCAUUACGCGCGAGCAUAUAGCAAAACUAACUCAAUGGGGUUACAAGGAGAUACCCUGUAUAUCGAAAACGCUGAUGUGCGGCGAUACGGGCAACGGAGCCAUGGCCGAGGUGUCGACAAUUGUUGCCUUAGUGGUGUCCACGUUUCAACUCCGUUUGUAAAUAGAAAAUUCUUGUUUUCGCUAGUUAAAAAUAAAAUAGUUUUUGUUAAAAUUAAA